CCUCGUAGCGCAUCGGCCCCUCCCCUCCGCGCUCUGCGGCGGCCCGCCCUACUCACUCAAGAGCCCCGUCUGCUCUCUGCCCGAGUCUGGGGGUGGGAGAAGACAACCCGUACGGCCUUGGAAAUCCGUAGAAACUAAACAAUACAACAGGACUUAUGUUAUGUGGAUGAAAGGUUGAGACAAUGGAUGAAGAUGUAACCACUCUCUCUCUCCAUUCCCAUGAGCCCAAAAUCAUAUUCCAUGGCACAGAGGAAGAUGAGGUUGUGGUAGAACUACAGGAAUCAAUUCUCGUGUCUGACAUGGAGGGUGAGAAGAUUGCGGUGCAUGGCUUUGCCUCAGAGGAGCUGGUUAUCCAGGAAGCCAUCGAGGAUGUGGUGGCAGAGUAUGUGCCAUGCACCGAUGAUGAGGAAGGGCUUGGCACCAUUGCUGUUGAGACCUGUGUGAUUUCACCUGAUGAUGUGGCUCUGGAGGAUGAAGGACUUCAGGUUGACGUGGUGACCGAUGCUCAGGUACAGGAGGAUCCUGACACCUGUGGAGACUACCUCAUGAUCUCUUUGGAUGAAGCUGGAAAGGUGGUUUCAGAUGAGGAUACUAAAGUCACCAUCGAGAGCACUUUAGAAGAUCCGGAGGAUGUGGAGAAGGAUGAAGAGGGUCAAGAGGUCAUCAAAGUGUACAUUAUUAAGGCGCAUUCUGGGGAGGAAGACUUGGGAGGCACUGUUGACAUAGGAGACACUGAGAUUGAUGUAGAUGAAAGCGUGGAGCUAGUGGAUGCCUCUGGAAUGCCUAUCAGAGAGAAGAUGGUGUACAUGUCAAUGGAUGAAACCAUUCAAAACCAGGAUGACAUAAAUGCUAAAAUGACAGAUGAAGUCUACAUGGAAGUGGUGGUGGGAGGUGAGGACCCUGGAAAUUCUCAGCGGACACUCGACAAUGCAUCGCUCAGCAAAGACUUCAUGCCUGUGGCUUGGGCAGCUGCUUAUGGUGGGGAGGAGAGUGAAAGUUGUGAGAACAGGAAUGGAGCAGCUAGUGCUCUCCUGCACGUUGACGAGUCUGACAUGAUGGGGAGGCUCAAUCGCCAGCGAAGUAAGAACAAGAGUAAAAAGCGUUCCGAACUUCGUCAAACAGCGAUCAUCAUUGGACCAUACGGCCAGCCUCUUACAGUGUACCCCUGUAUGCUGUGUGGCAAGAAGUUCAAGUCGCGUGGCUUCCUCAAGCGCCACACUAAGAAUCACCAUCAAGAUGUAGUAAAUCGAAAGAAGUACCAGUGCACUGACUGUGAUUUCACCACUAACAAAAAAGCCAGUCUCCACAACCACAUGGAGUUCCACACCCUUAGUAGCAAGGCUCCAUUUGAGUGUGAGGAAUGUGGAAAAGAGUUCCACCAGCAGGCGGCGUUGUUCUCCCACCGCCUGCAGCACCACCAUAGAGAAUCCAAGCUGCAUAUCCCUGCAUCCACCACCAAAAUGCACAUGUGCAAGUUCUGUGAAUAUGAGACGGCAGAGCAAGGACUUCUCAACCGACACCUGCUGGCUGUUCACAGCAAGAAUUUCCCUCAUAUCUGUGUGGAAUGUGGCAAAGGCUUCCGGCAUCCUUCAGAACUGAAGAAGCACAUGAGGACUCACACUGGCGAGAAGCCUUACUCCUGCCUUUACUGCAACUACAAAUCAGCUGACUCUUCCAACUUAAAGACGCAUAUAAAGACCAAACAUAGCAAGGAGAUGCCUUUCAAGUGUGACCGUUGCUUCCAGACGUUUGCAGAACCUGAUGAGUUGCUACAGCAUGGACUGACACAUGAGGAAGCCAAGACACACCAUUGCUCCCAUUGUGAUCACAAAAGCUCCAAUUCCAGUGACUUGAAGCGUCACAUUAUUUCUGUUCACACCAAAGACUAUCCUCAUAAAUGUGAGGUCUGUGGAAAGGGCUUCCAUCGGCCGUCUGAGCUUAAGAAGCAUUCAGUGGCGCAUAAAGCCAAGAAGUUGCACCAAUGCAGGCAUUGCAAUUUCAAAAUCGCAGAUCCGUUUGUUCUUAGUCGGCAUAUUUUGUCUGUGCAUACUAAAGAGCAGCAAGCUUUCCCUGACAAAAAGGGUCUUAAGAAGACAUUUGCACUUGGAGCUCAUGGGGGUAAGAAAAUUUUGGGUGGCACUGGUAUGUCCAAGGGCCAUAGGGAACGGCGUUUAUACCAGUGCCAGUAUUGUGACUACAGCACCGGUGAUGCGUCUGGCUUCAAGAGACAUGUGAUCUCCAUUCACACCAAAGACUAUCCUCAUCGCUGUGAUUUCUGCUCUAAAGGCUUCCGCAGACCAUCCGAGAAGAACCAGCACAUCAUGCGACAUCAUAAAGACAUAAUGCCUGCUUUGUGAGCUGUGUAGUGGCUGCCAAUAGUAACACCAAUCAGAGCCUCAUCAGGAAGAGGUCCAUCCUAGAUUUGUGGAUGUAGCUGUAGUCUUCAGAGCCAAAGCUGAUCCUUUGAAAGCCGGCUAGGGGCUGUUUCAGACCACAGAUGGUGUAGGCAUGGUAAACAUGCAAGGAAAAAGAGAGAAGGUCGCUCCAGAUUGGUCAUCACCCUUUUUCUGCUCUAAUAUAGAUGUUUUUGUGUGGCCAGUGUUCUCAGUCACAGGUUACACUGUUGUUGUGUCUAAAUAAAUGUUUUGAAGUGCAACUUUCUAGUUUUAGAUUAAAUCCAACUUGCAGGGAUAGUUCAGCCAAAAAUGAAAAGUCUCACAUCAUUUACUCACCCUCAUGACUCCAGUGGUUUAAUCUAUGUCUUCUGAAGCAAUCCAGUUGGUUUUUGGGUCAUGAUUUAAAGCUCAAUUACACUGUCUAGUACUUGAGGCAUGAGCAGAGCUCUAGAUGGUGCUAUAGGAAGUGUAAUUGAGCUUGAAAUCAUGAUUGUGAUUGUGUUCUGCAGAAUGGCAUGAGGGUGAGUGAAUGACAGAAUUUUCAUUUUUGGGUGAAAUAUCCCUUUAAAUCAUGAAGGAUGGACAUCAAACAUGCCGUUAAAUGUUAUGUUUGACCGUAUGAUUAUUAAUUAUAGCUUCUGUUUUGUAAGAAGUCAGUGAGCUAUGUUGUGAAUCAGUUAUUGAAUGGUUUUUUUGGCUUCAGAUAAGCAGAAUGAAUUAUUAAAAUGAAUUUAAAAAAUCAAAACCCAAUCUAUGGUUCCUAAAAAAACAAAUAUUGUGAUAUUUGCCCACAUUGACUAGUUUUAUUUGAGAGCAAAUCACUUGUCUUUCAGCUCUGAUAGUCUCUCAGGAAACAAAUUUUAUUUAAUUUGAAGAUAAUCACGGUCAAGAUCCACACAAAAUGCAUCUCUAGCAUUGCCGCAUUGAUUUUGCUGAUAACAACCAUUAUUUAAUAAUGUAAAUGAAUAGAACAUAAUGUAGGACAGGUUUUCUAGCUAAUAUUUCCAAGAAAAGUACAAUAUUAUCAAUAGCACUCAACCGAAAUGUCUUUAAAUCUGAUCAAUGAAUACAGUCAUUAAAUCAGGCCAAAUGGCUGUUAAUAUAAAAAAAAAUUCAUUUA